AUUUUAUGUCUUAAAUAAAUCAUAUUUUUAAUAAGGAUCUCUGUUGCUAUCUACAAAUAGCAAAAAUGAUUGAACCAUUCCUGUCUCAAAGCGAAACGAUGUAUCGUGCAGAUCAUAUAAAAAUUAAACAAACCAUGUUUGUUAUUACAGUUCAUCGCUGCUCUGGAUUAAACCUAAAUUGUACUUGAAUUUUCGUUCUAAAAAUAAUGUCAGUAUAAUAAACCGAGAAUAUUUCUCAUUGAAUCUAUCUUUAACUUAAUACUCCCACUUAUGUCGAAGAUGCUUGCCGAAAAUAGACCACGAAUAUCGCGGCGUCUGGAUAGUUCCACAUCGUUCGUAAUAUAAUACUAAUUCUAGUUUUCCUUUAGACAUGAGUGCGAGCUGAAUCGCAAGCUCGAUAUCUCUUCCAAAUUACAUUGAUUGAGUGAUAAAAAUUGAAAAAAUCAUUGAUAACUUGAAGACGUGUUCCUUCUGAAACCUUUCAAGAAUCAAUCUAUUAUCUGAUACAGUUGAAGAAUUAUUCCACCUAACAAGAUGACGAAGUCAGAUAUAACAGCGCAAGAGUGGAAAGAGAAGGGUAAUGAAGAAUUCAACAAAAGCAGCUGGUCGGAGGCUGUAAAUUGUUACACAAAUGCACUGAAACUAGUAAAAGAAGAUAAUGCUGAGAAAGCAAUCUACUAUAAAAAUCGAGCUGCUGCUUAUUUAAAGUUAUGCGACUAUGAGAAAGUGAUCAAGGACUGUGACAAUGCAUUAAAAAUAUGUCCCAACGAUCCUAAGGCAUUGUUUCGCCGAUGCCAGGCGCUAGAGGCAUUAGAAAGAUUCGAGGAGGCAUAUCGGGAUGCGAGAAAUAUUAUUUUAUCUGACCCUAAUAACAAAGCUAUUCAACCCAUGGCAGCACGCUUACAUGAAGUUGUACAAGAACGGCAUAAAGAAAAUUCACUCGUUAGUGCCAAAGUAUCACAAAUGCUGGAUCUGGUCUGCAACGUGAGCACGGACAAGGAGAAGCGUGAAACCGCUAUGAGCAAUCUCCUCGUGUUGGCACGUGAAAGGGCAGGUGCGGAGGAGAUCUUCAAAGAGGGCGGAAUAGCCAAGAUAGUGAAACUUGUGAAAAUCGAGCGGAACGACGAGGUGAUCUGCAGUGCGAUCCGUAUUAUAGAUGAAUUGUGCAAAAAGAAUGUUAGUCGUACCGAGUCCAUUAUAAAAGACAUCGGUUUACCUUGGUACCUGGAAAUGAUAAACAGUAAGCUUCCAGAGAGAGUCAACGCGGCUCAGCAUUGUUUACAAACCAUACUGAACAUCUAUAGCGGAAUGGAUAACAAGCCGGAUUCGAAACCCGAUAAGGCCUUGUGCGAGGCGCACAAGAAGCAGAUAGACACGAUCCUGUCCUGUCUGUUGUACAGCAUAACGAACAGAACGCUGACGGGUCUCGCGAGAGAUGCGCUAAUAGAGCUCAUUAUGCGUAACAUUCAUUACACAUUGUUAAACUGGGCCGAGCAAUUGGUCGAGCUCCGCGGUCUGCAGAGGUUGAUGGACGUGGCCAGUGAAAUGGAGGAAUACAAGUAUGAAUCCUCGAUGGAGGUGACAUCCUCUACACGGACGAUAACCAGCGUGUGCUUGGCUAGAAUAUACGAGAACAUGUACUACGACGCUGCUAAGGAGAAGUUCAGUAAUGCCAUCGAUGAAUUUAUUAAGGAUAAAUUGCUCACGCCUGACAUAGAGUCCAAGGUGCGUGUAGUAGUUGCGAUAACGACGUUGCUGAUGGGCCCGCUGGACGUUGGCAACGCGGUAGUGGCCAAAGAAGGAAUUCUGGAGAUGAUUCUCGUUAUGGCGGGAACGGAUGACGUACUGCAGCAGAAAGUCGCUUGCGAAUGUAUCGUUGCCGCCGCAUCGAAGAAGGAUAAAGCCACCGCGAUUAUAAGCCAGGGUGCGAGUAUAUUAAAGAAGCUGUAUCAAUCCAAGGAUGACUCGAUUCGAGUCCGGGCAUUAGUAGGAUUGUGCAAGUUGGGCAGUUCCGGAGGCACAGACGCGACCAUCAAACCGUUUGCCGACGGGGCGACGAAAAAAUUGGCCGAGGCUUGCAGGCGAUUCUUGAUUAAUCCCAAAAAAGACAAAGACAUGAGAAAGUGGGCGGUGGAGGGUUUGUCGUACCUCACUUUCGACGCUGAAGUCAAGGAGAAAUUGAUUGAGGAUCAGCAAGCGAUUCAGGCGAUGAUCGAGCUUGCCAAGACUGGUGAUCAGUCGGUUGUCUACGGUGUGGUCACGACAUUGGUGAACUUGUGCAACGCUUACGACAAGCAAGAACUCAUACCCGAGAUGGUAGAAUUGGCGAAGUUCGCGAAACAGCAUAUUCCCGAGGAGCACGAGCUGGACGACGCCGACUUCGUGAAUAAAAGACUGUGCGCGUUGGUGAACGCCGGGAUAACCAGCGCUCUGGUCAGCCUCGCCAAGACGGAGAGCCAGAACAGCAAAGAACUGAUAGCGCGCGUGUUUAACGCGAUAUGCAGCCAGCAGAGUGCGAGAGGCAUGAUCGUUCAACAGGGUGGCGCGAAGGCACUGUUGCCGCUGGCGCUGGACGGCACGGACAAGGGCAAGAAGCAGGCCUCACAAGCCUUGGCACGGUUGGGCAUCACGAUGAACCCGGAGGUCGCCUUUCCCGGUCAGAGGAUCAUGGAGGUCGUGCGACCGUUCAUAAAUCUGCUGAAUCCGGAGUGCAGCGCCCUCGAAAAUUUCGAGAGCCUGAUGGCGUUGUGCAAUCUAGCCGGCGUCAACGAUAGCGUGAGGAAACGGAUAUUGAAGGAGGGAGGAUUCCAGAAGAUCGACGCCUACAUGUACGAGGAGCACGACAUGCUGAGACGCGCGGCUACGCAAGUCAUAAACAACCUGGUGAUGUGCGAGGAAGCGAUGCAAUAUUUCGAGCAGGAAAACGACAGAGUCAAGUAUCUCGUGAUACUUUGCGAGGAGGAGGAUCAAGACACCGGCAUGGCGGCGGCAGGAGCUCUAGCGAUGCUGACUACCAGCGAGAAGGUUUGCGAGAAAAUUUUCGAUUCGAAAGACUGGCUGGAAUCUCUGCGCUUCUUGCUCGCCAAUCCGAAUAACGAUAUGCAACACAGAGGCGUCGUAAUCGUGUUGAACAUGAUGAGAAGCACGAAGGACGUCGCCGCGAAGCUGAUCGAAACUGAUAUAAUGGAGAUACUGAUGGCAUUAAGUAAAAACGACGACGUGGAAAACAAGGUCAAGGGACUGGCGUCCACCGCUUUGGAAGCUGCUACCAAGUGGAAAUUGAUUAAGAAGAAUGUUGACGAAGAGGAAGUGCCACAAAGCAGUAGUAAUGUAGAAUAAUGUCGAUUGAAGGAAUUAUUAUUCUAUACAUGAGGACAUUUAAAUCCGAACGUAGAUGUUACUGUUUGGUGAAUCAAGAUGCUACUAAAUGCUGUGUGUUUCUAAUCAAGUGCCUUAAAUGAUAACAUGAAUACCACGAUUAUGCAGUUCUUAUAUAGCUAUACUUAUAACUGCUAUAUAAAUCAUAUAGUGAUAAUUAUAUAUGAGAGAAUAAUAUUUAUAUAAAAUACUGAAAGCUAUUUCGUUGAAGUACUUAUAGAUACGCAAGACGUAUUGUUAUUAAAAAAAAACCGUUAUCAAAUUUAUUCGUUUAUUCUAACGAUAUGUAUUAAUUAUACGUAUACAAAUUAAUUUUAUUAAUACAAAUUAUUGUAUAUAGUUAUAUAUUAUAUGUAUUUAAAGCCAUCAGUUUAACAGUCAUUGUACUUACGGAUAUCUUAUAAAAUUAAGUAUUAAAAACUUAAAAAGAUA